AAUUUGUUUAAGAAUUUUCCAACCUCAAAAAAUCAAUUUGCGGUUUUUUGGAAAUUAGUUUACCUCGUUUACGAUUCUUGCAGUGAAAAUUAAACAAACAUGGCUUUAAAUAAACCAAAAUCAGAAAUGUCUGCUGAAGAAUUGCAGGCAAGAGAAGAAGAAGAGUUUAACACAGGACCUCUUUCAGUCCUGACCCAGUCAGUGAAAAACAAUACUCAAGUUCUCAUAAACUGUAGGAACAACAAAAAACUGUUAGGACGAGUAAAAGCUUUCGACAGACACUGUAAUAUGGUUCUGGAGAACGUGAAAGAGAUGUGGACCGAAUUACCACGUCCAGGAAAGGGUAAAAAGAAGGCGAAACCAGUGAAUAAGGAUAGGUUCAUAUCGAAGAUGUUUCUCCGGGGCGAUGCUGUUAUAAUGGUCGUCAGGAACCCGUUGGCUACUGCUAGUUAAUUAUAAGAAAAUGAUCCAAACAUAUUUAUAGUUUAAGGAGCUAGUAUUUAAGAAAUCUGCAUUGGAUAAGAUUUUUCAUUAAUAAUUUGAAAUAAAAUAAUGAAUUAGUGUUCA